GUGUAAUAAAACAAACUCUAGUGUUUCACUACGUAUAGUACAUAAGUAGCAAACAGAUCAAGAAUUCUUUACUUCAAAUAUGUAUGGUGUGAUCAAAUUUCUAAUAUUUAUCAGCAUGGUCCUAUGCCUAACCUCAGUUUCCCAAGCCAAUUCGGGCCAAGCCAUCGUAUAUGAUCCACCUUAUACUCCAUCAUUAUGCUUCGGUCCAGAAAGCAAAGGUCCCAUGAAUGCAAAAGUUCAUAGUAGCUUGUUUGGCUGUGGAAGGAGGUACCGUGUUCGUUGCGUUAGUGGAACCAACAAAGCCAUUCGAGAUGCAUGUACUGGUAACACCGUUGAUGUCAUGGUUGUAGGUCGUUGUGAGUCAUGCGCAAAGAAUGAACUCGUUCUUUCCCAAGAGGCUUUUGCAAAAAUUGCUCGUCUUGCUCUUGGAAGAGUUAACGUUGAAUAUGAACAGCUCAGAUACUAAUAAGGUACUAUGAUCGAAGACAAAGAUAUAAAUAAGUAAAGAACCACUUCCUUCGUCAAUCAAUAAAUCUUUAUGUAUAAAUUAGAGAUUAGCAAUACUUGUAUGUAUAUGUGUGUGAAACGAAUAAAUUUUAGAAAAUGGAAUGUAAUUCUUAAAGAUAAAGGGGGAUGGAUAAUAAGAAAAGUGUAGUAGAUAAUUUAGGAAUAGGAAAAGAAAAUGUAUUGGGAAUAAGUCGGUCAAGUGGAUUUAUUGGAAACAAAAAUUAGAUUAAGAGAGAUGAAAAAAUCAAAACCAGUGCCCUUUUUUUCCCAUAUAAUUUAUACACGGCCUA